ACAUCCCCGCCCACAUGGGCCCCUCGAGUGUCCCCGGGAUUAGCCCCCUCGGCUCCCGGUCCCGGCUCUCCCACCUGGACCGCCCUUGUCACCCCAGUUCCCUUACUUUCUGCGCCUCCUCGGCUCUCCUGCCCUAUUUUCUCUCCCGAGACUCUGGUCUCCCCGCCCUCUCCCACUCCCAUCCCGGCUCCUGACUCCCUUGGCGUGUAGCUGCCCCCACACCCUGCCCUCGGGGCACCUCCGGGGACCCACCCCUUCUUUGUGGGGCCUUUUCUUCCACCUGCUGGGUUGCCUUUAUUGCCGCGGGUUUGCACCACUUCCUAAUCACCCCAGACCUUUUGCCCUCCCCGUCUCCACCGAAGUUGCCCUGCCCGUUCUUUCCCCCAUUCCUUCCUCUUGGAUGAGUGCCCUCUGCCCCCCAGGCGCUUGCUUCCCCGUAGGCCUGAUAAAGACGGUGUGCCCUGUGCCCGGAGCGGCUCGCGUUUUGUGAAUCCUAAUGGCAGCUUGUAUCCCCGUCAUCCACUUGACAGCAGGGAGAUGAAACGGACUUGGGGUUCGGGUUAUUCCUGGUGGGGGACGAGGCAGGGCCACACCCCGGCACGGCUGCCCCGGGGUCGCGGCCCACGGUCGUGCAGAUGUGUGUUCUUUUCCCCCGGCUUACAGGUCUGUGAGAUGGCUGCUGACAGUUCCGAAUCCGGGGGCCAUGACUGCAAAGGAGACUCCAGGAGCAAUACCAAGUUAGAUGGCGAUUACCCGCUCCGGGUCCUUUACUGCGGAGUGUGUUCAUUACCAACAGAGUACUGUGAAUAUAUGCCUGAUGUUGCUAAAUGUAGACAGUGGUUAGAGAAGAAUUUUCCAAAUGAGUUCGCAAAACUUACAGUAGAAAAUUCGCCCAAACAAGAAGCUGGAAUUAGUGAGGGUCAAGGACCAGCAGGAGAAGAGGAAGAAAAGAAAAAACAAAAGAGAGGUGGAAGGGGUCAAAUAAAACAAAAAAAGAAGACCGUACCACAAAAGGUUACGAUAGCCAAAAUUCCCAGAGCAAAGAAGAAAUACGUAACAAGAGUGUGUGGCCUUGCAACUUUUGAAAUUGAUCUUAAAGAAGCACAAAGAUUUUUUGCUCAAAAAUUCUCCUGUGGUGCCUCAGUGACAGGGGAGGAUGAGAUCAUCAUUCAGGGAGACUUUACAGACGACAUCAUUGAUGUCAUUCAGGAAAAAUGGCCAGAGGUGGAUGAUGAUAGUAUUGAAGAUCUUGGAGAAGUGAAGAAGUGAUUUUGAGAAUUUGUCUGUAUUUAAUGGUCUGAACUGAGAGUUGGCCAAAGGGGGAGUGGCCUUUUGAAAAGAAAAAAUAUUUAUCCUACAGUAAAACUGUGGACUACCCUCGCCCUUGGCAUUUUCACUGUUCUGUACAAGGCUGCUUGUGUUUUGUUUUGUUUUUUUAUUGCCAAAGUCCUAUAAACAGGGGAGAUUGUCAUGCUCAUGCAUGAAAUAGAAUUUAGUCAAAUAAAAAUUUUUGGUCACUUGGUCCUGA